CGGUUGGCUCGUGGCAUUCAGCCCUGCAGCUGGGGGAAGGAAGGAGAGGGAGAGGGUGAGCUGCUGCAGAAUAACAGAAAACACUGGACGAUGAGGCUAUGAAAGGCUGUAGUAGAUAGAUAGAUAGAUUAUUAGGUACAGAGAUAGAUUAUUAGGUACAGGUAUUGAAUACACCAGAGUAGUAGUAGCACACUAGCCGUAACGAGGCUACCUCCUCUCCUCUUCAGCGGUACCACAUUACAUACCGAGAGAGAAGAUGGGUUAUGUCUGUGACGCUACCGCUGCCGCCUGGACACAAUCUGGGAACCGACCCGGAGACGCUGCCGCACUGCCUCCCCGCUUUUUUUAGAUGGCUCACACAUUUGGCACUCGGAAAACAGGUGUCAGGGAAGUGUCGUCACGAACCCCGGAGGCCGGAGGCGUGAGACGCUUCGGUAGAGAGCAAGAUGGCAGCGAAAUCCGAUGGUCGGGGGGUCGUCCGGGGAUUCGCCCAGCUGCACAACCUGGACGAGGUGGUGGGGACCGGCGAGGGCGACCCGAGGGAAGGCAGCUCCUUCCACAUCUGCCACUGCUGCAACACCUCAUCCUGUUACUGGGGCUGCCGGAGCGCCUGUCUGCAUUACCUCCACGACAAGAGGAGAGGCGGGGGAGGACAAGAGGACGCACGGCCGGGGCGGCCGCAGCAGGAAGAACGCCUCUGGCUGGACUGUCUGUGGAUCAUCCUGGCCCUGUUCGUUUUCUUCUGGGACGUGGGGACAGACCUGGCGCUGGCCAUCGACUACUACCACAAGCAUGACUACCUCUGGUCCGGACUCACCCUCUUCUUGGUGCUGGUGCCCUCGGUGCUGGUCCAGAUCCUGAGCUUCAGGUGGUUCGUGCAGGAUUACACCGGGGGCGGUCUGGGCUCUGUGGAAGGGCUGAGCAACCGGAGAGCUACGGCAGGGCUGAGAGCACAGGGAAGGGACAGGUGCUGCCUGUUCUCUGUGUGGCUGUGGCAGACCCUCAUACACAUCUUCCAGAUGGGACAAGUAUGGAGGUACAUCCGUACCAUGUACCUGGGCAUCCAGAGUCGUCGUCAGAAGGAGAACCAGAGGCGGUUCUACUGGGCCAUGAUGUAUGAGUACGCUGACGUCAACAUGCUGCGUCUGCUGGAGACCUUCCUGGAGUCAGCUCCUCAGCUGGUCCUCCAGCUCUGUAUCAUGAUCCAGAGGAACCGGGUCGAGACGCUGCAGUGUAUGUCUGUGCUGGCCUCUCUCCUGUCCCUGUCCUGGGUGCUGGCGUCCUAUCACAAGCUCUUGCGUGACUCCCGUGACGACAAGACGAGUCUAAGCUACCGUGGGGCCCUGGUACACCUGUUCUGGCGUCUCUUCACCAUCUCUUCCCGGGUCCUCUCCUUCGCCCUGUUCGCCUCCGUGUUCCAUCUCUACUUUGGCAUAUUUGUGGUGAUGCACUGGUGCGCUAUGGCCUUCUGGGUAAUCCACGGUGGCACCGACUUCUGCAUGUCCAAGUGGGAGGAGAUUCUGUUUAACAUGGUGGUGGGCGUGGUCUAUGUGUUCUGCUGGUUCAACGUGCGGGAGGGUCGGACGCGCUACCGUAUGGUCACCUACUACACCGUGGUGCUACUGGAGAACGCCGUGCUCACCGCUCUCUGGUACGCCUACCGCGAUCCCGCCACCACCGAUGCCUACGCCGGCUCCGCCCUCUGCGGCGUCUUCCUGUGCUUCGCCUCGGGCGUGGCCUGCAUGGUGCUGUAUUACGGGGUGUUGCACCCCGUGGGCCCAGGUCUCCGGGUCCUGGCCUCCUCCUGCUGCGCUGAGCUGCUGUGGGGCCUCCCCUUGCCCCCCGAAGCUGAGCCCAUGGCCCCCACCCCGGGCCCCCGAGCCUCUCAAGCCACCCCAACACGGGCCUUUGCGGGGGAUUACAAUGGGCAGGAUGAAGAGGCUACGGAUACCUGUCUGCCUGUGUUCCAGGUGAGGUCCACAGAGCCGGUGGACGCGGCCGGGAGACCCAUCCGGCCAGAGGGGCCCCUCAUCAAGAUAGAUAUGCCCAGAAAGCGUUACCCGGCCUGGGACGUACACUUUGUGGAUCGACGGCUCCGCAGGACCAUAAACGUGCUGCAGUACAUCAGCCCCAACGCGGCGGGCAUCAGGUAUAGGGAUGGGCCACUCCUAUAUGAGCUACUGCAGUACGAGUCCUCUCUCUGAAGGAAUACUCUCCUUCCUUCUCCCCACUCUCUAACUCUCUCUCUCUCUCUCUCCCUUUCUCUCGUUCUGUUCUUCCUGGAUCUUCUCCUCUUCUAUAUCUGGUGCUCUCUCUUUCACCUCCCAGUCAUCCAGUCCCUCUACAGGAGUGUGUGUGUGUGUGUGUGUGUGUGUGUGUGUGUGUGUGUGUGUGUGUGUGUGUGUGUGUGUGUGUGUG